AAUCGAACGCACCCCAGCGGUAAAGGAAGAAACCUUCUUUUAUUUUACCUGUUCGUGUGUUUUGAACUACCCAGAGCAUCAUGUGAUAAAUCCCGUGAUUUCCUUGCUUCAUACUGGUGUUUAUAGCUAUUAAAGCUGCCGGACCGGAUCAUUUUUUGCCAGACUUCGCUUUAAAAUGGGAGCUUUAACUCUACUCUCCCUGCUGGUUUGGAUCCCGCUCCUCGGCUUCUGCGGAGCCAGAUACGAACCGACCUGGGAGUCCAUCGAUUCCAGACCGCUGCCGGACUGGUUCGACCAGGCCAAGUUCGGGAUCUUCAUUCACUGGGGGGUGUUUUCUGUGCCAAGCUUCGGCAGCGAGUGGUUCUGGUGCUACUGGCAGAAACAAAAGCUGAAGGCAUAUGUCGAUUUCAUGCAGAAAAACUAUCCUCCAGACUUCAAGUACCAAGAUUUUGCACCACAGUUUACUGCUGAGUUCUUUGAUGCCAAACAGUGGACAGACAUCUUUGCCGCAUCAGGGGCAAAGUACAUCGUCUUGACCACAAAACACCAUGAAGGUUUUACACUUUGGGGCUCAAAAAGCUCCUGGAACUGGAACGCUGUAGAUGUGGGACCAAAGCGAGACCUGGUGGAUGAAGUGGCGAGUGCCGUGCGUGCCCACGGUGGUAUUCGUUUGGGGCUGUAUCAUUCUCUGUUUGAGUGGUUCAACCCGCUCUUUGAGCAGGAUGCCGCCAACCUCUUCACUACCACCACCUUUCCCAACACUAAAACGCUCCCGGAGCUUUACGAGCUCGUUGCCAAGUACAAACCAGAGGUGCUGUGGUCUGACGGAGACGGAGGGGCUCCGGAUAAGUACUGGAACAGCACGGGGUUUCUCGCCUGGCUCUACAACGACAGUCCGGUGCGAGACACUGUGGUGACGAAUGAUCGGUGGGGCGAGGGCUCCAUCUGCAAACACGGCGGAUAUUACACCUGCACCGACCGCUAUCAGCCAGGACACCUGCUCAAACACAAAUGGGAAAACUGCAUGACCAUCGACACGAAGUCCUGGGGCUACAGGCGCAACGCCCCCCUCAGUGACUACCUCACCAUCGAACAGCUCGUGGCGGUGAGAAACCAAAACCUUUUUACCGCCGAUGAAACGUGGCAGAGAGGAGAGCAGGUUCUUUAA